AUGUCUAGUAGCAAUAUUCCAAUCCUACUAAAAAAUAGAAAGUCUAAAGUUUCUGAGAGUACUUCUGCGUAUCACAAAUUUUUUAAAACAACCGAGGCAUCGGAAUGGAAUUUCUCCAAAUUCAUUUCAUUCUUGAUUGACACCGACGACGAUGAAGCGAAGCCUAUAUUUGCAGAGAAGAUUUGGCAAGCGAGUAUAUCAAAGUUAUCACGCGACAAUUCAGUUCCUCAAGCUAUUCGAAAAUUUACUGCCGAAACCUUAACACAUCAUUUCGCGGAAAAUGACUGCACAGCGAUACAAAAUGCGCUCAAGAGCCUCGAGGAGAUUUCUUCCUCUAAGCUCAUAUUUCAGCCUAAAAUCUCACUGGCUAGACACGUUUCUGAGACAUCCGGAAUACUUUGUUCUACCGCAAUAUCUGGAAAGCGCGAUCGUGUAUUUGCUUCAUACAUGAUGUCAGAAGAACCGUGUCCAAAAGUUCAGAAAGUAGAUCAUGAUAUCCAGAAAGAUGACCUUUUUUCUGGUCCAUCUAAAGAACAUGAAAAUGAUACGGAGAAAGUGGCCGUCAUUUUUACCAAUACUACGCCUACUACCACUACUGCUUUAAACGGGGAAGAAAUAGAUUUUUCGAUAGCUGACGCUCUCCCCCCACAAAAUACUUCCGAUUCAAAUUCAUCUACAUUAGGUGGUUCCGAUGCUUUGGAUCUCUUUAGUCCAAUAAUGACUGAUGUUGUACAAAAGGAGGAUUCCUAUUUUCAGGAACUAUCAUUAGUCGAGCGCCUGUAUACCAGUCAGGAGUGGAUGAAAAUGGAAUUAGACUGGGAAAAGAUGGAAGAAAAGAUAGCAAGUUCUCUUCCUUUGUUUGAGGAAAAUAUGCAAUCACUUUUGAAAAAGUAUAGCGAGUCCAUUAAGGAUGCCAGCACUGGAUAUUAUGUCGAUCUAAAUAAAGUCGAGACUACCAUCAGUCAAAGCCCGUUUGCAGAUCAACAUUCAUAUUUAUUUGUAAGAGACUGGCCUCUUCGAUGGGCCCAACAAUUAUACACUGCUUUCUUAACGUGUUUCCAGACCCCUAUCAACCCUCUCAAUGAUGCCGAUGCAAGUGAGUAUGCAUAUAGGAGUCGGCUUAUAAAUCAUUUUUGGGAGGAUGUUUUCUUUGAUGUAAAUUGUGUAAUCCGAAUGAAAACAGGUGAGGUUGAGAAUGUUGACCGGAGAAACCAACUAGGUCUCGCGAGGAAUCCGGAUGAUCGUAGAUCAAAUGUUGGUAGUUGGUAUCACGAUGCUAUAUUAAUCAUGAAAGUUGGAGAUAAGGAUGUUCAAGUAGCAUUUGGAGAAGUUGUUGGAAAUGCAUUCAAACACGAUGACACGAAAUUGUAUGAAGAUCGAGAGAAAAUACUUAAAGCCAUGCAGUUGGCCCUUUUUAAUCUUCGGAAAUUACUUCCUGAAAAAGAUCCAGGUCUUGAGGAUUUAGAAACUUUCGGAUUGCUAGUUUAUAUCGAUGGAAUAUAUCUCGUUGAUCAAUUUAGUGGAUUCACAAUUCCCGAUACUCCUUUACAUUUAGGAAAUCUACCCGAUAUGAUUCAUGUAAUGAUUAUGUUUAAGCAUCGCGUUAUGAAACUACGACAGCACGUGGAAUCCUUAUAUAAAUCCAAAAAGAGUUUUAAACGUGGCGGCACUCGACACACAAACGAUUCUACAGUUUAUGCGUCACCACAGAAAAAAUCUAAAUAA